AUGUUUUUUGAACGUAUGAUAGAUUCACUCAUGCCUGUUGAAUCUUCACGUAAAACCCCAUCAUCUUAUUUAAAAUCUCCAUCGAAUUCAUCUGGUUUAAUAACACCAUAUAGUCAAACAAGUCUAAAAUCAAUUAUAACCUAUGAUUCACCUAUAAUAACAACAUCGAAUGUGUUAUUAAAAAAUCAGUUUUUAAUUGAAAAAAAUCAUUUUAUUGAAAAAUAUAAUUCUAAACAAAUUGAUAAUGCUAUAUUAAAUGAUUUUAUUAUACAACGACGUAUUGGUGGAGGUAGUUUUGGUACAGUUGCAUUUGCUAUUCAUAAAAAGAAACAAAUAGCUAUGAAAAUUCUUGAAAAACAACAUAUUGUUAAAUUAAAACAAAUAAGACAUGUUAUUAAUGAAUGUCACCUAUUAAGAGCAAUACAUUGUCCAUUUAUUGUUGAUUUAUUAUUUAAAUUUAAAGAUAAUGCUAAUUUAUAUCUAUGCUUGGAAUUUAUUGGUGGUGGAGAGACUCAUCAAUAUUUUACAAAUGGUCUCCUUUUCUUUCAGAUGUUUCAUCAUAUGCGAAAACAAAAGAAUAAACGGUUUUCCGAAACUCUUGCUUGUUUCUAUGCUGCUCAAAUCACACUUGCUUUUGAAUAUUUACAAUAUCUUGAUAUAUGUCAUAGAGAUUUAAAACCAGAAAAUUGUUUGAUUACUUAUGAUGGUUUUAUAAAAUUGACUGACUUCGGUUUUGCAAAACUUGUUCCCGGACGGACAUAUACACUUUGUGGUACAGCACAAUAUUUAGCACCAGAAAUUCUAUCUAACAAAGGCUAUGGUAAAGGUGUUGAUUGGUGGUGUUUAGGUAUAUUUCUCUAUGAAUUAAAUGCUGGCUUUUCGCCAUUCUACGCAACAGAUCAUUCAGCACUUUAUUCAUUAAUUUUACGUUGUGAAUAUAAAUUUCCGAAACAUUUUAAAGAAGAUCUUAAAUCAUUAAUUCGUCAAUUACUUCAAAAUGAUACAACAAAACGAUUUGGUUGUUUAGCAAACGGUGCACAAGAUAUAAAAAAUCAUAUAUAUUUUCAGCGAAUAAAUUGGUUAUCAUUGUAUGAAAAAAAAGUACAGUCUGAAUAUAAACCACGGAUAAUAAAAGGUUAUGAAUAUGAAUAUUUUGAAGAAAAAAAAGAUUUUAUUAUACCAAAAUCAUCUAUAUGUUUAUUUGAAAAAGAAUUUCAAGAAUUUUGA